GGAAAACAGAGAGAACCGGAGAGCGAGAAUGGCUUCCUUUGGGUGGAAGAGGAAGAUUGGAGAGAAGGUAUCUAAAGAGGUCUCUCAGCAUUUUGAGGAGGAGGCGGCAGAUGAGAGUGUUGUGCUGGACAGCCAUGACGUGGAUUGGCUCCAUGCAAUCAAGCGCAAGAAAGAUGUUCUCCUUGAGGAUAAUGUUGCUAAAAGCAAGCGGCUGAAAGAAGAAGGAGGUCUUCUCGCAGAAGAUGGAAGACAAAAAGAAGCUCUGACAAAAUGGGAUGAAGCAAUCCAGUUAACCCCAGGAGACGCCGCUUUGUAUGAGAUGAAGGCGCAGGUGCUUAUGGGUGUUCAUGAAAUAUUCCCAGCAGUGCAAGCAGCUGAAACAGCAGUUCAACGUAACCCACACUUUGUAGAAGCCUGGCAGACUUUGGGACGGGCCCAGUUGAGUUUAGGAGAAAUUACAAUGGCAAUUCGAAGCUUUCAGAUUGGACUUCACAUCUGCCCUGCCAACACCGAGCUAUGGGAACAGGAUCUGAACUGGGCCCGCCAGCUGCUGCUGCAGAAAAUGGAUACGGAAUCGGCAGAGAGAAAGAGAAGGGACGUCAACAUCACCCGGGAGCAGAUCCCUGAUUAUGACUUUGAGAGCGACGAGGUGGUGGCUGCCUGUGAUGCUAUAUCCCAAAAACAGAAAAUGGCGGCUGCUAAUAAAACCGUUGUUGUGUCUGCGUCAGGAUCAGAGAACCUCUCAGAUAGAAAGGAAGACAAGGUGGAAACCAACGAUUCAAAGGAAUUUAUAAAGGCCCGAUAAUCCCAGAAACCUGUUACAGAAACCCUUCUGUGUGUAGGGCUGCCAUCUUUACUGGAAAUAACAUGCUGACCUUUCUAUAUUUCUGUCUUUCUUCCCUAUUAUUCACAUUGGCAGGCUGGUAAAAGGCUGGUGGCAACCCUA